UACCGUGAACUCCUAAUGUAGUUUCUGGGUGUGUGUUUCGGUAUUUUUAAAGGACGUGGUUACUAUUUAAACUGCCUCAUAUUGAAACGUUUACAUUUGAUUAAAAGCUGACAGCCUUGUUAUUUUCUUUGUUUACAAGACACCGUGAAUGAUAAUUAUUUCAACUAUGAUAAUCAAAAUACUAUCAUUGGUGUUAUUGUCUGAUAGAAAAUACCUUCGUUAGCCAAUGAUUUAUUUAAGUUGCUUUUACAAGCCAAUCAGACUCCCUGUAGGUUUAUUAUCCGUGGGAAAUCAAUGAUUGUAAAACUAUGGUUUAAAUAGGCAUUUUGAACGGUUGAAUUUCGAUGACGUUCUCUUGAAAUUUAGAAGUACUGUUCAUUUCAUUCAUUCAACAAUACUUGUAAGCAGAUAAAAGCCAAUACGGUACUUUCUUAUUGUCAAUUUAUCGCUCUUGCUCUGAGAUGUUUGUUAUAUCUAUAUAUCUAUCUAUAAAAAUAUAAUAUUCAAUGAUUAUGAAUGGAUAGCUUUUACGUGAUGUGUUCUACGAAUAGCUGACGCUGCAAUCAAGUACUGAUUUAUCUUUAUGAAAACAAUUAAUCUACAAAGAAACACCGCGCCAUCAGUUGACUAUGUCAAGUAGUUUAUUAUGCUGUGCAAAUUGGACAAUCGAAGGAAGAUUAGCGGUGUUCGUUUCGAGUACUCACUUCUCUAACAACCUCUGCGGUGGAGAAUUAUUAGACAUUGUUACGUCAUCAUGUCUGGAGUGAUACUAUAAAGCGGUGUCUGGCUAAUGAUCGGGUAUUACGUUUAAUCUGAUCAAGGCACAAGGACAUCUUCACUUAAGGUAUUAAAGCCAGCGAUGAAUAUUAUACAUGUGAUAAUUGUUCUGACAUGCUGUUUUCAAGUUUGUCAGACGAAUUUUACCGACUUAGAGUCUUUCAUGGAAAAGUUAAAAAAACUGAUCAAAGACAGUAUCAAAGAAAAACCUGGAGUGAAAGUUAUGAAUGCAAGCGAGGCCAACAAAACGUGGUGCAAGGCUGUCCCUUUUAAUCACACUAUUAGCUAUACCUCAAAAGCAGGGAAGAGAUGCACUCCAAAAGUAGUCGUUAAUAACAUGUGCAGAGGACGAUGCAAUUCUUUCCAUUUACCUGGACAGGAAAAGUCUUUGUCAUUGCAUUCGGAGUGCAGAGCAAGCUCCACCGUAGAGGAAACUGUUGAACUGCACUGCCCAUUCUCAAAGAAAAAGAGAAUUCGUCAUAUAAAAAUACAGAAAAUUUUGUCUUGUGAUUGCAUUCAGUGCGCGAAGAAACAUUGAAGCGGAGCUCCUCUACAUGUACGCGUUUUAAUGAGAUAUUUUUCUCGCAGUCUGUGUUUCAUCAAAUAUUGAAAAAAGAUGUACGUAUUGCGAAAUGUUGAAGAUGACAAUAUUAUAAAGCCGUUUUGUAUAUAUUCGUGUUAUGUAAAUUAUAAGUUCUACGUUUCUAUUUAUAUUGGUGACUCAUUGCUAAAAAAGUUCAAUUCGUGGCAUUUAAAUUUCGAUUUAAUGAGAGCAGUGCUGUGAGAAACGUGGGUUGGCACGCCUUCGUAGAAACUCGUUCAUUGAAAUUCUCUUCAAUCAAAAAAUGAUAACGAAACACUGACGCGGAAAUAUUUUCAAAUUUAUAUUGAGUCAAUCUAUUUGUUUUAGAAAUUGUAAAUACUAUUUGAAUAAUAUAUAGUUGGUAUUUAUCUUGAAAGUAAACCACCCAGCUUCGUUGUCUCCCACUCUCUCAGAUAUUGCACAAGAAACAUUUCAGUCUAGCUGUAUAUUCUUUUUUUUAUUUUUUUUUAUUGAAAAAAACAGAUCAUAAAACAAAAGGCUGCGUUAAGGGUUGAUCUUAGCAAUGGCUUCGUAGCUAAAGAACAUAAAGAAAUAUGAAAACAGAAAAUGAAGGAACCG